CUUUAGUCUCAAUAUAAAACUGGAUUGGUACGCACGCAACAGCGCAUAGAGACGCCAAGUUUCAUAGAGACGAUUUUCCAACACACGUACCAAACAUUUUCUCUCUCUCCCAAAAAGUGUCCAAGUUACAAAAGUGAAAAAUAAAUAAGUGCUCUAACUAAACAAAAAGUGAACUACUAUUUUUCCUCUACUGUAAACAAAAAAAGAAAAUUUAUUCAACAAUGAAGAUGUCACCAACAGUAAAUACAAGUGAUUUAAUUAAACCGGAGAUAAGGGAGAUCUGUAAAGAUCUAAUCUUGACUGAUAAACAAUGUCGGAAAAUUAUGGAAAACCUGACAGAGGACAUAAAUAAGGGAUUGUCAAAGGAUAGGCAUGAUGAAGCUGUUGUCAAAUGUUAUACAACUUAUGUUCAAGACCUUCCCAAUGGCACAGAAAAGGGUAACUUCCUAGCCUUGGACUUGGGUGGAACAAAUUUCCGAGUACUUUUGAUCACACUAGACGGACAAAAUUUCGAUAUGAAGAGUAAAAUUUACGCCAUACCACAGAGCCUAAUGUUGGGAACUGGUACUCAGUUGUUUGAUCACAUCGCACAGUGUUUGGCACUUUUCGUUAAGGAUCUCAAACUUGAGAAUGAAGUUCUACCUCUUGGAUUUACAUUUAGUUUUCCAUUGGUGCAAGAGGGCCUCACAGAAGGAAGACUCGUGAGGUGGACAAAGGGUUUUAAUUGCAGUGGAGUCGUUGGCGAGGAUGUUGUCGCUCUACUAGAAGCGGCCAUCGAAAGGAGAAAUGAUGUCAAGAUUGACGUUUGUGCCAUUUUGAACGACACCACUGGUACCUUAAUGUCCUGUGCUUGGAAAAACAAAAAUUGUCGCAUUGGACUUAUUCUUGGAACCGGAAGCAACGCCUGUUACGUGGAGAAGACACAAAAUACAAAACGUGCAAUGCCUGGAAAAUACUCACAGAACAAACCAGACAUGCUAGUAAAUAUGGAAUGGGGUGCAUUUGGCGAGAGGAAUACUCUCGACUUUUGUCUCACCGAAUUCGACAGGGAUGUUGAUCAGAAUUCAAUUAAUCCCGGAAAACAAAUUUUCGAGAAAAUGAUCUCUGGCAUGUAUAUGGGAGAAUUGGCCAGAUUAGUUCUAGAAAAACUCGUCAACAAUGGUCUUCUAUUCGGUGGAAAAUGUCCCAGUGAACUCAGAAAACGGGGACAAUUCUUCACUAAAUACGUAUCAGAAAUUGAAAACGACCCGAAGGGAAAAUACACCAACUGCCGGGAGGUUUUAGCGGAAAUUGGAGUUAGAAAUGCCAGUGAUCAAGACUGUGAGAAUGUGAGAUAUGUUUGUUCGGUUGUAUCAAGGAGAGCGGCACAUCUUGCAAGUUCGGGAACAGCUGCCGUUCUUAAUAAAAUAGGAGAAGAAAAUGUUACCGUCGGUGUUGACGGUUCCGUUUACAGAUUUCAUCCUCACUUCCACGAUCUCAUGACGGAGAAAAUUAGCCAAUUACAAAACCAUAAGUUCGACCUGAUGCUUUCCGAAGACGGUAGUGGUCGUGGUGCAGCACUUGUCGCUGCGGUAGCAUCACAAAAACGGUGAAGAUAACAACGGAGCCAUAUUAUCCACAUUAGAAUAAAAUUAAAUGUAUAAUUAAAUACAAAUUGAUACACUGUUGUACAUAUAGCACAAAAGAAAUUCGUAGCCAAUGCGGGCUAGUCCCAAUUAAAUAGCUGAUUGUAAAUUAAAAUUUACUAUAUAUAAAUUACUAUAUAUAAAUAAUAUAAACACGACCUCGAAUCUAUUUCGACUAAUUCAAAAAAUCUGCUUUGUUCGAUUCAAUUAACGAAAAUUGAUCGAAAAUCGCGUUCUCAAUAUUUUUGAAGGUCCUCGACACAAUUUAUUAACUAUUUUGUGCUCUCAACCUUCAAAUAUUUACAUGUUUCGUGUUCUUUUAACUAUUUUGAUACGAAUCGUGGGUGUAAAAAAAAAACAAAAACCAACGCAAUCUCGCACUAUUAUAAAAUAAUAAUUUAUUAAAUAAUUAUUAUAGAAUCAACGAAAGUAUCACCACAUAAUAUUAUAAAAAUUAUAUUAGUGAUUUUCUGCAAAAACAUUUUGGGCAAUAAAUACUGCCGCGAGAGCACUACAAAAGAAAAAGAAAAAAAAGAGCAGUGCUCUUUAAUUGCUUUGCAAAAAUAAAAUUCUUUUUGUAAAUUAUAUAUAUUAUAUAAUAGCGCGCAAUUAAAACGAUUUAUUCUACUAUAUAGAAAAAAAA